CUGGGCCAGGCCUGUGGUCACAACGUCGAGAGCAAAAUAGCCUUGGAGGAGGCCUUCGCGAUGACGUUGAAGGUCUGAGAUGGCCUUGGAGCCGCAGCACAGCCCCGGUGCUGGCGGCGGGGCACGUGCGUAGACCCGAGGCCUCUGAAAUCUCCUCGGGCAUGCGCAUCACCUGGGCGCUCAAGACACAGACUCCAGUACGAACACCUGGACCCAGAGCCCGCGUGUCUCGCCAGCGCUCAGGUGAAGCUGCUGCUGCGGCGCACGGACCACACUUGGAGGAGCGGGGUGCAGGCCCAACUGACCACGGAGGACAGUGCGGCGCAGAGGGGUUUCUCUUCACCUGGAUCUUAGUCUCAUUCGCCUGUCACCUGGCCUCCACCCAAGAAGCUCCUGAAGAUGUGGACGUCCUCCAGCGGCUGGGCCUCAGCUGGACCAAGGCAGCGGGCGGCCGGAGCCCCCCACCCCCAGGGGUCAUCCCAUUCCAGUCGGGCUUCAUCGUUACGCAGCGGGCCCGGCUCCAGGCCCCCACGACCGCCAUCAUCCCUGCCGCCCUGGGCACAGAGCUGGCGCUGGUGCUGAGCCUCUGCUCCCAUCGGGUGAACCAUGCCUUCCUUUUCGCCGUCCGCAGCCGGAAGCACAAGCUGCAGCUGGGCCUGCAGUUCCUCCCCGGCAAGACGGUCGUCCACCUGGGACCCCGGCGUUCCGUGGCCUUCGACCUGGACCCCCCGGGGCCUGUCCCGCUGGCUUUCCACAGGGACCCCGCGCUGGACCCCGAGGGCUCCUUCCUCUUUGGGAGGAUGAGCCCGCACGCGGUCCAGUUCGAAGGCGCCCUGUGCCAGUUCAGUAUCUACCCUGUGACGCAGGUCGCUCACAAUUACUGCACCCACCUGAGGCGGCCGUGUGGACAGGCCGACAUGUACCGGCCCCAGCCGGGACCCCUCCUCCCCCGGGACUCGGGCGCACCCUUUGCCUUCCAGACUGACCUAGCCCUGCUCGGCCUGGGGAACCUGACCACUGCCAUGCCAGCCCUGGGCUCGCGGCCAGCAGGCAGGGGACCCAGAGGGACGGUGGUGCCCCCCACACCUACCAAGCCCCUAAGGACUAGCACCACAGACCCUCACAGGCGUGUCUCAGUGGGAGACCCAGCCCGGACCCCGCUGCCACCUGCCAAGCUGUCAGCGAGCCAAGUGCUUCCUCCCGUGCCCCGAGCCCCUGCUGCGAGCUCCCCCACACCUGUCCAGUCCUUGCAGAAGAGCACAGCCACCAAAACCCCCAAGAGCCACCCAACCAAGCCUGCAGCCCCUUCUCCUCCCAUUGCCCCUGUCAAAAGCCCCCGCCCCGCCCAGAAGGCAGCUCUCCCUUCCUCGAGAAAGUCAGCCCCUCCCACCAAGAAGCCAGUGCCACCCACUCUCCACCCAGUCCCUGCCCAAGUGUCCCGUCUCACAGGGAAGCCGGUCCAGAGGAACCCUGUGACGCCCCGACCCCCACCUCCCAGUGCCCGGCCCCUGCCCCCCGCUGCCGGUGCCUCUAAAAAGCCCUUCCUCCCAGUUGUCCAGACAGAGGCCAAGAUGAGCAGCCGUGCCAGUGAGCCAGCUCCCGCCCGCACCAGCACACACAGACCUCCCCAACCCACUGUUUUGCCCCCCUCAUCUGCCCCCAGUCCUGGCUCUACCAGGACCACUCGGCCUCUAGCCACAGCGAUGCCUCCCACCCUCACUCCUGGUUUAGUCCCCACUGGAAGCAAGAAACCCACUGGAUCAGAAGCCACAAAGAAAGCCAGACCCAAGAAGCCCGUCCCACUCAGACCCGGGAAGGCAUCCAGGGAUGUCCCCAUCAGUGAUCCGACCACGGGGCCCACCCCCAGCCAGCCCCGGCCCGGCCGGCAGACCACCCCGGCCCCAGCGUUGGCCCAGGCGCGAUUCCUGUCCUCCAGCCCCUGGCCCACGAGCAGUGGCUAUUCGUUCUUUCAUCUGGUGGGACCCACGCCUUUCCCGCUGCUGAUGGGACCUCCGGGGCCGAAGGGAGACUGUGGUUUUCCGGGCCCCCCUGGGCUGCCUGGGCUCCCUGGACCCCCCGGUGCACGGGGACCUCGGGGUCCUCCUGGGCCUCACGGAAAUCCAGGCCUCCCCGGCCCUCCUGGAGCCAAAGGACAGAAAGGGGACCCGGGGCUCUCACCAGGAAAGGCCCACGAUGGGACAAAGGGCGACAUGGGCUUGCCCGGGCUCCCUGGGGAUCCAGGACCGCUUGGACGAAAGGGAUACAAGGGCUACCCUGGACCUGCUGGGCACCCCGGAGAACAGGGGCGGCCGGGACCCGAGGGCAGCCCAGGGGCCAAAGGUUACCCUGGCAGGCAGGGGUUACCUGGACCUGUAGGAGACCCUGGUCCCAAAGGCAGCCGGGGCUACAUUGGACUCCCAGGGCUCUUCGGCCUGCCAGGGUCCGAUGGAGAGCGUGGCCUGCCUGGUGUUCCUGGCAAGAGGGGCAAGAUGGGUAGGCCGGGGUUUCCUGGAGACUUUGGGGAAAGAGGCCCACCCGGACUGGAUGGAAACCCCGGCGAGCUGGGCCUGCCAGGGCCCCCGGGAGUCCCCGGCCUCAUUGGUGACGUGGGAACGUUGGGUCCGAUUGGCUACCCAGGACCUAAAGGCAUGAAGGGGCUGAUGGGAAACGUGGGGGAGCCCGGACUGAAAGGUGAUAAGGGCGAACAAGGGGUUCCAGGUGUGUCAGGAGAUGCCGGAUUCCAAGGAGACAAGGGCAGCCAGGGAUUGCCGGGGUUCCCAGGUGCACGGGGGAAGCCAGGGCCUCUGGGCAAGGUUGGAGAUAAAGGAUCCCUUGGGUUUCCUGGGCCCCCUGGGCCUGAGGGAUUCCCCGGAGACAUCGGCCCCCCUGGGGACAACGGCCCAGAAGGUGUGAAGGGGAAGCCCGGAGCUCGAGGCCUGCCGGGACCCCCUGGGCAGCUGGGGCCCGAGGGAGAUGAGGGACCCAUGGGGCCACCUGGUGCCCCUGGCUUGGAGGGUCAACCUGGCAGGAAAGGGUUUCCUGGGAGGCCCGGCCCUGAUGGCUUGAAGGGGGAGCCGGGCAACCCUGGACGGCCGGGGCCCGUGGGUGAGCAGGGGCUCCUGGGCUUUGUCGGUCUGGUCGGGGAGCCAGGAAUCGUGGGAGAAAAGGGUGACCGGGGCAUGAUGGGACCCCCAGGAGCACCUGGACCCAAGGGGUCAAUGGGUCAUCCUGGAACGCCCGGUGGUGUUGGGACCCCCGGAGAGCCCGGACCCCCGGGUCCUCCAGGAUCUCGAGGCCCACCUGGCAUGAGGGGAGCGAAGGGACGCCGGGGCCCCCGAGGACCAGAUGGACCAGCUGGGGAGCAGGGAUCCCGGGGUCUGAAGGGCCCCCCAGGACCGCAGGGCAGACUGGGCCAGCCUGGGCAGCAGGGUGCAGCCGGUGAGCGAGGGCACCUGGGCGCACGAGGCUUUCCUGGCAUCCCCGGCCCCUCGGGCCCACCUGGUACCAAGGGCCUCCCAGGAGAACCAGGCCCUCAGGGACCCCAAGGACCACUUGGCCCUCCAGGAGAGAUGGGACCCAAGGGGCCGCCAGGGGCAGUGGGAGAACCGGGCCUUCCUGGGGAAGCCGGGAUGAAGGGUGACCUUGGGCCUCUGGGCACCCCUGGGGAGCAAGGCCUCAUUGGGCAGCGGGGAGAGCCGGGCCUCGAAGGUGACAGUGGUCCUGCAGGGCCCGACGGGCUGAAGGGGGACAGGGGUGACGCAGGGCCUGACGGUGAGCGUGGUGAGAAGGGCCAGGAGGGACUGAUGGGCGAGGAUGGCCCCCCUGGCCCGCCUGGCAUCACUGGCGUCCGGGGUCCUGAAGGAAAACCAGGGAAGCAAGGCCAGAAGGGCCGGACCGGGGCCAAGGGUGCCAAGGGCUACCAAGGACAGCUGGGUGAGAUGGGAGCCCCUGGAGACCCCGGACCCCCUGGCACCCCAGGCCCUAAAGGGUCCCGGGGCAGCCUGGGACCAACGGGCGCUCCAGGACGGAUGGGGGCCCAAGGUGAACCGGGACUGGCCGGUUACGAUGGACACAAAGGCAUCGCGGGACCCCUCGGGCCUCCGGGACCAAAGGGCGAAAAGGGGGAGCAGGGCGAGGACGGCAAGGCCGAGGGGCCCCCCGGGCCACCUGGAGAUCCGGGCCCUGUGGGUGAUCGAGGAGACCGCGGGGAGCCAGGGGACCCCGGGUACCCUGGACAGGAGGGUGUCCCCGGCCUCUGUGGAAAUGCGGGCCAGCAGGGCCUUCCCGGGCAUCCGGGACCCCGGGGACGACCGGGACCCAAAGGAUCGAAAGGGGAAGAGGGACCAAAGGGAAAGCAAGGCAAGGCCGGGCCACCAGGACGGAGGGGGAUCCAGGGCCUGCAGGGGCUGCCGGGGCCCCGGGGCGUGGUGGGGAGACAGGGCCCUGAAGGUGUCGCUGGGCCAGAUGGGCUUCCAGGCAGGGAUGGUCGACCGGGACAGCAGGGGGAGCAAGGAGCUGAUGGGACUCCUGGCCCCAUGGGUCCUGCUGGGAAGAGAGGAAACCCAGGUGUGGCCGGCUUGCCCGGAGCACAGGGACCCCCAGGAUUCAAGGGUGAAAGCGGACUACCUGGGCAGCUGGGUCCCCCCGGAAAGCGGGGGACAGAGGGCGGAACAGGUCUUCCUGGGAACCAGGGGGAGCCUGGAUCCAAAGGCCAGCCGGGUGACUCUGGCCAGAUGGGCUUCCCAGGAAUGGCUGGCCUCUUCGGACCCAAGGGCCCCCCUGGAGACAUCGGCUUCAAAGGCAUCCAGGGGCCUCGGGGGCCUCCUGGCUUGAUGGGAAAAGAAGGCAUCAUCGGGCCCCUUGGGAUCUUGGGACCUUCAGGACGCCCGGGUCCGAAGGGCGACAAAGGCAGCCAAGGGAACAUGGGAUUGCAAGGUCCGAGGGGUCCUCCCGGCCCCAGAGGGCGACCAGGCCCACCGGGUCCUCCAGGGAGACCUAUCCACUUUCAACAAGAUGACCUUGGGGCAGCUUUCCAGACGUGGAUGGACACUCAUGGAGCACUGAGAGCAGAGGUUUCCAGCCAUCCGGACCGGCUGGUGCUGGACCAGGGAGGGGAGAUCUUUAAAACCUUACACUACCUCAGCCACCUCAUCCAGAGCAUUAAGACCCCCCUGGGCACCAAAGAGAACCCCGCCCGGGUCUGCCGGGACCUCAUGGACUGCGAGCAGAAGAUGGCAGAUGGCACCUACUGGGUGGAUCCAAACCUUGGCUGCUCGUCCGACACCAUUGAAGUCUCCUGCAACUUCACGCAUGGUGGACAGACGUGUCUCAAGCCCAUCACCGCCUCCAAGGUCGAGUUUGCCGUCAGCCGGGUCCAGAUGAAUUUUCUGCACCUGCUAAGCUCUGAGGUGACACAGCAUAUCACCAUCCACUGCCUGAACAUGACCGUGUGGCAGGAGGGCCCCGGGCAGGCCCCAGCCAAGCGGGCAGUUCGCUUCCGGGCCUGGAACGGGCAGAUCUUCGAAGCUGGGGGUCAGUUCAGGCCUGAAGUGUCCAUGGAUGGCUGCAAGGUCCAGGAUGGCCGCUGGCAGCAGACGCUCUUCACCUUCCGGACCCAGGACCCCCAGCAGUUGCCCAUUGUCAGUGUGGACAACCUCCCUCCUGCCUCAUCAGGGAAGCAGUACCGCCUGGAAGUUGGACCUGCGUGCUUCCUCUGACCUCUGACCUCCUGGCUCCUCUAGGCCUGGAGGCGAGGGAAGAGGAGUAGGAGGAGGCAAAGGGAGGGUACUUAGGGGCAGGUGGGCCCAGGAGAGGCAGGUCCCCUGCCCGAGGGUCCUAGGGCGGGCCCCAGAUGUUGUCUGCCCAGUAGAAGGGGCUGGGGGGUAACAGGGAGUGGGGUGACCCCAGCACAGCUCCAAAGACCAACCAAAGAGCCAGCCUGAGCCAACUGGGCCUGUCUCCCAGCUCCGCGGCCACCCCUCCCUCCCCAGCUUCCUGCCCAAGCAAGAGCCCCACGUUCCAGCCAGCUUGAGGGAAGGGGGCAGCUGGUCCCCGCCAGGGAGCUUCGAUGUGCAAUAUUAGAGAGGAGACAUGAAAAAAGGAGAAAAGGAAAGAAAGAACUAUAUAUAUUUUAUUUAAACAAACACACAGGAGGUGCGUUACUAUUCUUUUCACCUGGGAAAGAGGUGAGAGGGUGAGAGAGAGCAGCCGGGGGUGGGAAGCAAAGGAAGCCGAGGGAGAGGAGACCCUCCCCUCGGGGCUGGGGGCGCCCACGUCUGCUACCUCCCACUGUGGAAUCGCUGGUGCUCGCAAUCGUCUCUUAGUGUAUGUGAUUUUUUUUUUUUUUACGAAAAAAGAAAAAACAAACCCUAUUUAAGAUUCUGAAGGUGCUACCAUUUUUGCCACAGACUCUGAAGAAACGUUUUGAUGUGGGCUCUCCUCCACGUUUUUCUCUCUCCUCCAAAGGACAAAGUUUGGGGAACUUUUAAAUUCUCCUAGCAUCACUCAUGUGCUCAUCCGUAAUCUGCUAAGGAGGGGGGAAGAAGAAAGGAGAAGAAAAAAAAAAGCAAAAGCAAAACACACACACACACACACACACACACACACACACACACACACACACCCUGCCAGAAACAGAAGUAGUGAGAUUUGCCUUUUAACUUACAGACUUUGAAACGUUUGUCCUCUAAAGCAGGGGAGGCCUGAGCAUGAAGGAUUCUGACCUAACCCUUCAUGGUCCCAGAGGGGAGUUGGGCCAAGGAUGCACUCGGAGGAUGCGAUGUAGACGGGAGGAUCCUGGGAGAAGCCUUGACCUUGAAGAAACGGUUACAGGAGCAACGGUGGGUAGGCUGGCCUUGGAGGUGGAAGAGAAACAUGGAACCAUCUCCCGAAGCCACAUACCACCCACUAAGAUCCUCCCUCCCAGGAGCCUGUCCCCUCAAGACGCAGCCAUCACUCUUGCUUUUUUAGUCAUUAAAUCCCAUAGGAACACAGCGUCAGUAGCUCCCCGUGUACACGUGGGCCGAGGAGAAGGAAUACCUACGGGAACCUUGGGGUGCGGCAUGAUAGGGAUAUUCAGUGCCACCUGAAUCGCCUACAUCAGCGAACCAGCCAGCGCCCGGGGCGGAUCCUGAGGUUAUUUUAACAGGAAUUAUUUUUAUAGAAGGGGAAAUUUUAUGUGAAAGUCUAUUUGUCUUUCUCUCAAGUUGUGUCUCUUGGGGAAUUGGAUUUGAUUUGCAUUAUUUAAUACCUCACUCUGGCCCACCCUCCCCACUGGUCCCGUCCCACCUGCAUCCCUGGACCCCGGCCCCGCCCGGAGGCCUCCCGUGGAAGGGCAUUCCGCAGCCGCCGGGCCUCGCUCAGCUCCGUUCCCCACGCUGCCAUUCUCGACCUGGCCCCCCGUCUCGUCCUUGGGUUUUCCUGCUGUCCCCCUUUAUGUCUCUGUCCACAUGUCAGUGUUAAAACCCCCGUGGGUCCCGUCUCUCCUUUUCCCUUCUGGAUUUUAAAUAAAUAUUUAAAACUGAGGCAAUGGAA